AAUGCCGUGAGCAUUCUCAUGCCACAACCUCUUCGAUUUAAAAUUACUUUUCUAAUUUUUCACCAAAAUUCCUUUUUGAAUUAAAAUUAUACAUAAAAAUUUAUCUCGAUUCUGAGUUCGACUAACAAUAAGUAUUGUUUGAAGAACCCAAUUUGUCGAGUGUGUUCUUAUUGACUGUUGAAAAUUUGUUAUCAAAGUGCAUACGCUAUGACGGCCCCAGAAUGUGGUUGCUGCGGCAAGUGCAUCCAUCCAAUUUGCCCCACGGCAUCAUUCCAGCCUCCGUACGAUGAGGUUUCCCACGAGAUAGGCAAUAACAUAAUGAGCAUUAAGGUGGCAAGUAAAAUUGGCCAGAUUCAGGAGUUUGGAGACAACGGAACGUUUUCCGGACAGGGAGUCCCUAAAGUUGAUAUUUCGUGUAUGGAUUCUGACGGUAAAAAGUGCAAAGAAGGUUGCGUCAAGGUGAAUGUUAUCCCGGAUAAGGUUGCUCCCGCUAAGCAGCCAGGGGAAGAAAUGUUUUUGCUCCGAUCAACGCGACGGUAUCUCAAGGCGGAUGAAAUGAAGAAUAGUUUAGAGAUCGAAUUUAAGGCGCCCAGAAAUUAUAUCCCCUGGCCAGAUCCGGGUCCCACGCCCCCCAUCAUCGAGAUAAUACCAAAGAAACGGGUCGCCGGUGGUAAGACAAAGAAAAAAGGAAAAAAGUAAACUAUUUCAGGACGACGAAAAUUUCUAACGUUUAAAGCGUUUGAGACGGAAAGAGCAGUUUAUAGAUUUACGACGAUCAAAUAAUUUCGACUGUCGUUGGAUCGAGAUAAUAAAUAUCACAGCUGGGGUUGGCGAGAAAACGCUGCUUCGCAUCGUCAGCUUUGCGUGACAAUGAUAAUAACGACUGGACAAGGUGGACGUUGAUGUUCCAGUAAAAUAAAGUAACCUAAAUCAUCGCUUCUACAUGCACACUUACCUGCGGUAGUAACCAACGGCAUGUUGCACGCAAGCUCUCAGAGAAGUUUCAAUGAGCGCGUAUUUGUCUAGAAGACACCUUGAUUUAUUCGAGAGAAACACGAGACAACGCAACUCGUGUUGUUGCAAUGUUAAAUUAGCAAAACGCAGUGGUAACGAUUCAAAAUAAAAGCUACUUGAGGAAUUAAAGAAACAGGUAUACGACCUGGCAUGAUAUUAUAUAGGUAUACGGUAUACCUAUACCGUAUACUCCAGCACAGCUCGACAAUGCCACUGCCGGUGCAACAAAAAGUGAAGAAAAUUGAGGAAAGAAAAAAAAAAAAAAAACAGCAAGUUUCUCCCGGUGGCAGAGCGUUAACAACGGUAGAAACUUUUUAAUGUUGGCUCGUAAGAAAAUUCAGACAGCAUAUUUAUUGUCCUAAACUAUGCAAGGCCUGACGUUUCAUAUAAACGUACAAUUUAUAUUAUACAUCUAAGUAUACAUGUACGUACAUACGUACCUAUUAUACGUCUACAUUCCUGCGCAGUGUUCAGAGUAAGCAGUUUUCGACAAUCGAAUAAUGUUAUACGGCUCGUAAACGGCCCCGGUUACGUCUUACCGUGCGACGUUAUGAGAGAAAAUACCUGAACCCGCUUGAAAAUACAAAUUUUCCUUCGAGAAUAGAUUAAUAUUCAGUAUGCGUGAUCUUUCAAGAUAUCUCUAGAGCCUCGACUCGAGUGAUUCUAAAGUGGUGUCGCAUUUUUUUAUCACGUUCCGUAGUAUCGCAUCUCCAUAUUCAGGCGAUCGUACAUGUAUAUAACUGUUCUAAAAGCACCGUCGACUCGGAUAAA